CGGUUGACAGAGUGCAGUAGCUGUAUUCAUGCGGCGCCUUGGGCUGUCUUGGAGUUGCAUGUGGCUGCCCUCUGCCAUCUUGCCCUAUCAAGCCUAUCUCGCUCUGCCUGCUCUGUCCUGUUUCGUCACAUCCACCCUCCCACAUUAGAAUCCAUCACGAACGGCACGCAUUGUCGCGUCGCACAGCGGGUCCCCGCCAGCCAAUCGUUGGGUGACGCAUUGCAGCUCCUUCCCCACCGGGCCAGGCCAUGUCCUGCACCCCUGCACCCUGCACCUCUGCCCUCUGUUCUAUCUGUCUGCACGCGAUCCCCUGUCCGCUAGGUCCUUCUUGCUGCUGCUGCUGCUGCUGCUGCUCUUGCGCCCGUCCCAUCAGCUCCUCCCCCCUGCACACAUCAUCCAUCAUCCAUCCAUCCAUCCACCCAUCCACCCAUCCAUCGACCAUCCCGUCUGCUGUCUCGCUCGUCCCUGCUUCUUUUUUGACUGGCGCCUCUCUGUCGCAGGUCUCACCAGAUAUCUCGACAUCGACUGGCCGUCCUGCCGUCGCGCACAACUUUCCUCUCGACACCUACAAUCGCACACGCUCGCACACACUUUCUCCUGCCUCACCCUCGUCCCGUUCAACCCUCGAUUGAUUUUUGGUUUUUUUUUGGAUUGGAUUGCUCGGUGCUUGCUCUCAGCAAACCAGUUUUGAGUCCCACCAGAGCGUAAUCUGCUCAAAGCAACCAGCCCAUAAAUCGCCAGAUACUCUCAGCACUUGUCAGCCCAAGGCUGGACUGAACAAACCCUGGUCUUGUUGGAAUGCUGACAGUGGGUCCUCUUCUUCCUCCAUAAGUACGAUUUGGUGCUGCCAACCCGCCUUCAAUCAACCGGAAUUCGACCGUCUCGCCCGAGACAUCCAAUCCUCUGCUCAUUACCGCUACCCUAUCUGGCACAUCCUCCCUUGCCUGGGGCGCCCCACUGCCAGCUGCUAAUUAAAAUCGCAAUCUCUCUCCGCUCUCCUCGCUAUCAGCUAUCACUAUCGCGCCUUGUGCACCUGGAUCAACGCCACUCACCCCCGGGCCUGGUUUGAGACAAGCAGGUCCACCACCGUCGCCAGCGAUGGUCCGCAACGCCCGGUACGGCGACGGCGUCGCCAACUCAGCGCGACCGUCUUUGCCCACUGCCAGGGGCCACUCGCAGUCGUUCACUGCCGGCUCAAAUCCAAACAGCGCUCCCAUGCCCAACUACUCGGGUCAGCGCCGUCGCUCACAACCUAGCUUUCACAAGAAGUCAUACUCGCCUCUCCCGGAGCCAUCAUUCGAUCUGAUGUCGACUUCUGGCCCGUCCCUAUUCGGUGAUAUGAGCUACCAGAUGCCAGCCCAGCACUUCGACCAACAACAAGACUCCAGCCACAUGAACUCGUCGGGAUCCUAUGAUAUGUCCGGGUUACCAGCGGCGACCUUCCCGGGCUCUUUCGAUUCUUCAGCCGAGCAGUAUCUGGCCAACGGCUUGUACGAUCCAGCGACCAGUGCUUUCAACAGCACAGAAUUCCCCGCCCUGAGCGCUCCAGAUAUGACCUUCUCACAUCCAUCUCUCGCUCCCAAUCCCGCCAAGACAGGCUCACCCUUCAUCUCCAACGGCCCAGUCCUGGCUCCACCUGUAUCCAACCGCCCGGCGCCCACAACGGAUUCGAUGAACAAGAACUCUCCACAAACUCCACGAAAGAUUGUCAGAUCAAAGUCUGUGGCUGCACCAUCGUCGCGCAAUCAGCCUUUGCUACCAGCUCCAUCCGGUGUCAAGACGCCCCCCGGUGCUCUUGGCCAGCGUGACCCGAAUGCAAAUGCUGCCAAGCGCCAUUUGCCCGAUUCCCCUACCCUCGAAGCGACCUCGCCUAGGAAGGCCCACAAGCGAUCAAAGACGGACGAACCUGGACGCCAUCGCACACCUGUGCCCAUCCCGGAUGCCGAGUCCUUCCCGGCCGUCGACCCUGGCGAGGAAAACAGCAAGCCUCCGUACACUUACGCUCAGAUGAUCGCACUGGCAAUCUGGAAGGCUCCUGGGCGACGCCGGACCUUGGCCCAGAUCUACGACUUCAUCAGGACGACGUGGUGCUACUAUCGCAAAGACGAUACCUGGGAGAACAGCAUUCGACACAACCUGAGCCUUCACAAGAAGUUCUUCGAAAAGCAGGCCCGGGCCAAGGAUGACCCCGGCAAGGGAAACUAUUGGCUCAUCAUCCCUGGGAACGAGCGCGAGCUGCUCGACGUGUACCUGAAGGAGAGGUCCGGCACCGAGGGGGCUAUCCUUGGCAAGAGUAUGGCAGUGCCCUCUACCGCCCGUCUCGAGCCGUCUGCUCUGCCUCCGCCUCACCAAGAGCCAAUGUUGCCACCUCAGCCGUCUAAUUUCCAGCUGCACCUUCCGCCGCUGCCGAAGUUGCAACCGCCGGCGCCCGUUCAGCCCGAACUGUCCUCAGAUGCAACUAUUCCCGCCUCUGAUCAGGCUUUCGAGGAACUUGAAGCCGCCAAUGACCGCCAGGAGGACUACAACUCUCUGGACGCUACAUUGAGCUCUUCUCCUCCGUCCAUCUCCGGGCAUGUCUCUAUCCCAAGCGACACACCCACCCGCACUGCCAGGGUGGUGGGCUCGUCCGGCCGCACAUCCGGCAACCGCAAGCGCGGCUCAAUGAUUGAUAGUGGCUAUAUGACCAAUCUCGAGUCGUCGAUCAUGCGAUACGGCCAACAAAGGCCGCCCGUAUUUUCAUCUGAGGCGGACAUACACCAAUUCCAGGGCGGCGGACGCGCUGAAGACGCCAUCAGAAAGCUGCGCGCAUCUUCGCCAGUCAGCCCUUCCAAGCCCAAGUCUCGCAUGCUGCCGCCGUCUUCCUCCCCUGUUGGCAAAGGCUCCCCGUUACGAUACCGGGCCUCGCCUUCCAAGCUGCCCGCGGCUGUCAAGACACCAGCCAACACGAAGAAGUCUGUGGCACGUCUCACAGGCGCAACAACACUUGCACCUCCCAAGACGACUUCAAAGUACAACACAUCACCCAUCCGUCAACACGACAAACUUCGGGCAAACAUUCGAGAGAUGCUUGAAACGCCACAGCAGGUACGCGACUACAACAAGAAGUUCCCUGGUCGUCAAAGCAAGGCGUCCUUCGCCAUCUGGGAGGACGAGGUGUCGCUCCCAGAAUCCGAGUCUCCUCUGGCCAACUCAGCCGGAAGAAUGCUCGAUGAAAUCAUGAGUGAUAGGCGGAACCGCAAGCCGAUCGCUUCUCCUUUCAAGUUUGCGUCUCCUCUGAAGGCCUUCCCCCUCUUCCCGCCUAUCGACGAGAAUACUGCAUGGAAUCUUGCAUCCCCCAGCAAGCUCCUUUCAUCCCCAAGCAAAUACUUGCCCGACGUUAGCAAGCUCCCAGAUUACGAUUCAGAGAACUGGAUCGUCUCCGAGAAUGCGGAUGGCUUGGACAAUGAGAUAGAUCUCGAAAAUUUUGGAUCUGACGACUCGAACGCGUUGGAUCUCACUCAAACCUUCCGAAGCAUUGGCGAAGUCCCCGCCGGUGCUGAGGCCUAUGGCCCUGCUACCCUGCAUCGCUUUGGCUAGAAGCCUGCAGGCCUCUUCAGCCACCUUCAAAGCUAGACAAAUUGUCCUGGGGGUACUUCGGGGCCUCAGGGUUGUUGAAUAUGGUCCCUGGCCCUAAAGCUGAGUUACAGUAAUCAUACGAACCUCACGAUGCACACGACAAUUACUUGUCAGGCAUAGUUCUUCAUGGCGUCCUAAACGCCCGCAGGCCAUGGUCAAGGGAAUACGGGUUUUAGCUAGCGAGCGAGCAUAUUGUUUUACUUGCGAUGGGCCUUGAGCCACAUCUUCUGAUUUUUUGGUUUGGUUUGGUCUUUUUCAGUCACUUUUCGCGCGGAGUCCUGGACAUGUGGACGGUUCCUAUACCCUCCUUUUGGAACCCAGGAUAAUGGAUGGUAUAGCAUGGUGCGAACAGGUAUGGAAAGGAUAUUGUGUUUUGCGGUACAGGACUUGGGCAACCACACCAACCGAUGCGUUGUUUGAGUAUAGUACAUGGAGGGGUGUUGGAUCGGCCAGCCUGCCUUGGGCUCUGCAGAUAAUCGAGCUUUAUUUUGACAACA